GGUUUUCCUUCCCCCGUCACCUCGGAUUCCUUGCAUAGUUGCAAACUCUUUUUUUAUUUUUUUGUUAUGUCUUCCAGCGUCGGUCCUAAUUGCACAGAAUUGAAGCAAAAGUACGAUAAUUGCUUCAACAAGUGGUAUUCCGAAAAAUUUCUCAAAGGCGACACAACUCCGGAAUGCGAAGAUCUGUUCAAGGAUUAUCGUGCAUGUGUCAUGGUAACACUGAAAGAAAAAGGUAUCGAUAACCUCUUGGCGGAAUCUCGUAAGGAGGCGCCUUUCCGUACACCGUCGCAGCCCGAGGAUGAUGGCAGCAAGAAGUAAUAAUCCCGCAGUCGCACUAUUGACCCGCAGUCGCCUGUGAUCCGAAAUCCCCCCAAAAAAGAACGCAUUCUGCAACAUCAGGUCCUUGAUGUUUGCGAGUAACUGAAU